AUGAAUCAAGUGUUAUUGGCCCUGUAUACUGGGGAUGAGAUCCAUACAGCCUUAUUUCAGAUGCAUCCUUCGAAGGCUCCAAGACCGGAUGGUAUGUCUCCCUUCUUUUUUCAAAAAUAUUGGGACUUAUUGGGAGAUGUUGUUAGUAAUGUGUUGCUUCCUAUAGCUAUAUGCAAUGUGGUCUACAAGAUUGCUUCUAAAGUCCUGGCUAACCGACUUAAGAAUUUCUUAAUUGAUAUUGUAUCUCUGGAACAUAGUGCUUUUGUUCCUGAUAGACUUAUUGAGGAUAAUACGCUAGUUGCUACUGAGCUAACACUUUAUAUGCAUGUUUUACGCAAUGGGCAGGAGGGCUUCAUGGCUCUAAAGCUGCACAUUAGUAAGGCUUAUGACAGGCUGGAACGAGAGUUUGUGAAGAAGAUUAUGCUGAGACUUGGUUUUGAUGUGCAUUGGGUGGAUCUUAUUAUGCAUUGUCCUUUUUCGGUCAGGUACUCGUUUUUGAUUUAUGGUAAACCGAAAGGCUUUGUGAUCCCCAUCGAGAACUCAAGCAGGGUGUUCCCAUAUCUCCAUAUCUAUUUCUGUUGUGUGCUGAGGGCCUAUCAACUCUUAUAUUAG